CAGCUGACAGCUUCCUGUGUUGGGCUUUUCCCAUAAGCCUGUGCGGCCCCUCCUCCUCCUUCCUUUCCUCCCCGAGAAGCCGCUGCUGCCAAAGCCGCCAUCAUGGGAGUAGAUAUCCGUCAUAACAAAGACCGCAAGGUGCGACGAAAAGAGCCCAAAAGUCAGGAUAUCUACCUGAGACUUCUGGUUAAGUUAUACCGUUUCUUGGCUCGUCGUACAAAUGCCACCUUCAACAAAGUGGUUUUGAGACGUCUGUUCAUGAGCCGCACCAACAGGCCACCCCUUUCUCUGUCCCGUUUGAUUCGCAAGAUGAAGCUUGCUGGACGUGAAAGCAAAACUGCUGUGGUGGUUGGAUGCAUCACAGAUGAUGUCAGAAUUCAAGAUAUCCCCAAACUCAAGGUGUGCGCGCUUAAAGUGUCUUCUGGAGCACGCAGAAGAAUUCUUAAAACUGGUGGACAAAUUUUGACAUUUGACCAGUUGGCUCUUGCUGCCCCCAAAGGCCAGAACACUGUUCUGCUUUCAGGUCCUCGCAAGGGACGGGAGGUGUACAGACACUUUGGAAAGGCACCUGGUACUCCACAUAGUCACACCAAGCCCUAUGUCCGUUCUAAGGGCAGAAAGUUUGAGCGUGCUAGAGGUCGCAGAGCAAGCAGAGGAUACAAGAACUAAACACCGUCUGUGCUUUGUACUCAUUAAAGAUGUUAGAUCUUCA